CUCGAUCUUAUUCACAUUCUGUAUCGCAAGGCUCAUAUGUUUCGAAACACGCGUACGGACGGUCAUCUUGGUACAAUAAGCUUUGCAAGGUGCCACCAAGAUCCGUCUGAAUCACCCGACUGUAGAUCAAAAAUACAGCUCCAAUCAAGCUGUACUACGCGGGCACCGUACGGUGCGUUGACACCCAUAUGACAGCCCCGUCCCGACCUCCGACCUCCGAUUUCCGAGUGCUUACUCCCACCGCCUUUGGGGGCCUGAAGCGUGAAUACAUAAAAGUAGAUUUACCCCCCAAGACUUGGAAUCCUUACAAACCAUCCAAUAGCAUACGAGCGUUGUUUAUCAAUCGUUUCACAGCAUUGUUUUCGUUUUUCCAUCAUGUUUUCCAAGACUCUCUUUUUCCUUGCUGGAGCAACGCAAGUUGCAGCAGAGUAUGCAUCUUGCUGCCAAGCUCUGAAGAAUGAAUUGCCGGCUCAAGUCUUCACCACCAAUGAGACGGGUUACAUUGAGUUGAACACUCAACGAUGGUCCAACACCAGCAUCCUCGCACCUAGCUGCGUCUUCGAGCCCCAGUCUGCAGAGGAUGUAUCCAAGGGUGUUCAAACUCUUGCAGCAGGCUCUUGCCCCUUCUCCAUCAAGUCAGGUGGACACAACCCCAUCCCUGGCGCAAACAACAUUGAUGGAGGUGUCUCUAUCGUUUUGGGUGCCUUGAACGAGAUCGAACUCGACGAGGAGACCUUGGUAGUCCACCUUGGGCCUGGUGCCCGAUGGGGUCAGGUUUACGAGAAGUUCUCUGGUGAGGGCAACUCGACUGAUCCUGCUCUUCUCGUUCCCGGUGGUCUAUGUGGAGGUACUGGUAUCGGUGGGGUUUCCACUGGUGGCGGCGAGUCAUACCUGCUGUCAAGCCACGGUUGGGUCGUUGACAACGUCGUAAACUACCAAGUUGUUUUGGCCUCUGGUGAAAUCGUCGAUGCCAACCAGGAGUCCAACCCUGACCUUUUCCGCGCCCUAAAGGGUGCAACCAACAACUUUGGAAUCGUCACUCGUGUCGAUGUUCAAGCGAUCGACCAACCCCAGAUCUGGGGAGGUGCCAUCCUUGCGCCUUACAUGCCUGAUACCGCCUACGCCACCCUCGACGCUCUCACCAACUUCACUGAGAUCGCAAACACUGAGCCCAGCAACGGCGCUCAAGUCAUUGUCACAUACACUGCUACUGGCCAAGCCAUUAUCGCUCUUUCAAUCGCCAACGUCGAGAACGUUGCCAACGCCACCGGCUUGAAGCCCUUCACAGACAUCCAACCCCAGAUCGCAAACACCGUCGGCUCGCGUACUCUCAGCUCAAUCGUCACUGAGCUCGACACCAAUCAGGCUGAUGGUUUCCGUGAUACUUCCGCUACCAUCACUUUCAAGAACGACCCCGAAACUUUGUACGCUGUGCACAACGCUUCCGACCAGGUCUACCUGAAGUACAACAAGACUGUCGAUUACCUCGACUUUGUCCUCUUCUACGUUCCCACUUCCAAGAUUGACGGUACCCACGCUGCUCUUCGUGGUGGAAACGUCCUCGGUCUCGAGGAUGAGGAGGAUGACUUGAUGGUCGCGUUCAUCACCCCCCGCUGGCUCGACGAGGCCCAGGACGCUGCUAUGUACCAGAUGGCCGAAGAGUGGGUCGCUGCCACCAAAGCCGUCACCGUCGAGAAGGGAACCGACCACCCCUUCUUGUACCAGAACUUCGCUACCCCUAACCAGAAGCCAAUUUGCGGAUACGGCGAGGAGAAUGUCAACUUCUUGCAGGCCGUCUCUAAGAAGUACGACCCUGAGGGUGUUUUCCAGACCCUCGUGCCUGGUGGCUUCAAGGUCUCCAAGGCCUGCUAAGCACCUAGCCCCCAAAACACACAUGGAACUUACACAUUUGGAAAUCCUAUGUAAAUAGAGCGUAAGGUUCGAUAACCCAUUAUUAUUCUGUCAGAGAUCUCACCCCGGAUCUACUGAACCCUUUUUAGAAAUGUAGAUAGAAGCAUACAAAGUUACAGACGGGGAUAGACUGUAUUAGUACUUGGAGAUAAUAGAAAUUUGC